GCUCCCCGCCCCGCCGCGCCCGGUUCCACUUCCCCUCCAGCGCGGCCAGCAGAGCCCGCGCCGCGGCCGCCCAGCGCUCGCAGAGGUCGACAUGGGCCCCGCGCUCUGGCUCGCGCUCGGCGGCCUCCUGGCCCUGAGCGCGCGGCUGGAAGGCCGGCUCGUGGACCAGGAGGACGCCGGCUUUGGCGAAUGCGACCGGUUCUUCUACGCCGAGACUCCGCCGGCGGGGCUGGCGGCCGAGGGCCACGUGAAGAUCUGUCAGCGCUCCGAGGGCACCGAGCACUUCGCUACGCUGUACAGCACCCGGGACCGCAUCCCCGUGUACUCGGCGUUCCGUGCCCCGCGCCCCCUGCCCGCCGGCGCGGAGCAGCGCUGGUUGGUGGAGCCGCAGAUUGAUGACCCCAACAGUGACCUUGAGGAGGUGAUGAAUGAGGCCGAUGCCAUCACCACUGUGAGCAACCUGGGAAGCAAGCAAGCCUUGAGCUCCGAUUACCUGGAUUCGGAUUAUCAGAGAGGACAGCUGUACCCAUUCUCCCUCGGCAGUGACUUCCACACAGCCAUGUUCGCUCUCACAAACGCAGCUCCCAUGACCCCGACCUUCCAGGAGCGGUGGUACAUGAAUCUCAAUGGCCUGAUGGACCAGGCCCUGACCCCACAGUGUGGCAGUGGGGAUGACCUCUAUAUCAUCACCGGUGCCGUGCCAUCAGACAGCAAAGUCAAAGACAGAGUGACCGUCCCUGAGCUUGUUUGGCUGGCGGCCUGUUGUGCUGUCCCUGGAGGCGGCUGGGCCAUGGGCUUUGUCAAGUACACCAGGGAUGGUGCUGUCAUAGAAGAUGUGAUGGUGAAAGAACUCGAGAAACUGCUUCCGUUUAACCCUCAAUUGUUCCAGAACAACUGUGGUGAAGCGGAACAGGACACAGAGAAAAUGAAAAAAAUCCUAGAAAUGGUCAACCACGUCCAGGAUGAAGAGCGAAUGGUGCAAUCUAAGGAGAGCGCUGGUCCUCUCUCCGCCACGCGGAGCAAGAGGUCUGCGCUGCUGCCUCCAGAUGCACCUGAGGAGAGGAGCAGCGUUUUGGGGAGACUCAUAGGCUUCGUCGCUACCCCAUUCAUCAAGCUUUUCCAAUUAAUUUGUUAUCUUGUGGUGGGAAUUCUGAAGAGCAUCGUGCAUUUCCUGUGGUAUGUCACCAAGCAGGCGGUUAAUGGCAUAGAAAGUUGCCUGUACCGUCUAGGAUCAGCCACUGUCUCGUACUUCUUGGCCAUCGGGGAAGAGUUGGCAAGCAUCCCCUGGAAGGUACUCAAAGUCAUAGUCAAAAUCAUCAGGGCCCUUCUCCGGAUCCUUUGUUGUCUGCUGAAGGUUAUUUGCCGCAUUCUGGGCAUCCCGGUCCGAGUCCUUGUGGACGUGGCCACUUUCCCCGUGUACACCAUGAGCGCCAUUCCGGUCGUGUGCAGGGACAUUGCGGUGGGCCUUGGCGGCGCCAUCUCUCUGCUCUUUGACACUGCUUUUGGCACGGUGGGUGGCCUGUUCCAGGUUGCUUUCAGCCUUUGCCAGCGAAUUGGCUACAUGAUUACUUUUGACAGUUCUGGGGAGUUAUAGAACUCGAAAAACUAAUAGUGACCAGUCACAUUUGAUUUUUUUUUAAAUAGAGAAGGCUGGAAUACUUUGUCUGUAUGAUGGAUUUCUGCUCACUAUCAAUUAUCAUUAUAUUUUGGCCUUUCCUGGGGAUGUCUAUAUGUUUUUGCAAAGGAAGAUGGUAUAUACCUUAGACUUAAACCUGAAGAAGUGUUCAAGGUAGGGUUAUGUGUAGGUCAUCUGAUGUGAAAUGGGCAGACUUCUAAAAUGGUUACGUUCUCUGAAGCAGAUGACCACUUGAGACAUUCUGGUGUUCAGGUGUGAUGAUUAAAAAUUAUAGAAGGGAAGGAUUAGAAAGAGGACAGCUUUAAACCAAAGGGUUUUUGAGACGAUGAGAAGGAAUCUCAUUCCUCCUAUUACUCUCUGAUACUCAAGGUAAAACCAAUAUAAAUAUUCUUAGCCAAUUUACCUUUUGCUUCUCUUUCUCCUCGACUCAGCUGACCUUGGUGAAGUUCAGACUUGCUUCGCUCUUGAAAUAACUUUCUUAGGGUGUAGAAUCUGCUAUAUCCUUUAGCUUUGCACAGCUCCCAAGGACAUUUAAGACAUUUGUCUCCAAAGUUGAAUUUUGCUGCAUUUUUCUUGUAUGUAAUGAUAAGCGUUUUAUGCCAAACAUGGCAUAACACAUUUUGAAUGCCAGGGCAAAGAUUGGUUGCCCCUUGAACAGUGUAGUACAGUCUUCUUGGGUGUAAAUGAGAGGGCACAAGGGUGCGAGCCCAGCUCUGAGUGGACGCUGUAAGGCCCAGGAUGUCCCUAGCCAAGCUGGAUUCACUUGAAAUAUAUCAAAUCUGUGGCUGACAAGAUUGAGCUUAAACACCUACAUGUUAAGCUAAUAUGAAAAUUCACACUCUGCAACUUACUAGAUAAGUCUUUCUUAUCCAUUGAGCAGAUGCCCAACACAGUAAAGCACUCUGACUUCUGUCCUUAAAUUAUUGUUUCAGUAUAAAUGUAUAGAAAGGAGCCGCAGAACAAAAACUAUUCUAGCCAUCUGGAGAGUGUAUAUAUGUUUAAACUUGAUUAAGAGUUAUAUCUUAGGCAGUUAUUUUUAUACUGUGUUGGAGGCCUGAAAACAUAACUCUCCCAUCAAUGCAAAUUUGAUUCGAGAGCUAAUUCCCCAUGUUUUGAUCAAACAUUUGUCAUUUAAAACCUGGCACUGAAUGCGGUAAGAAAAGGAAGCAGAAUCUCCCAAAGUUUGUUCCACCCUCCGCAGCUGAGAAAGAACAGUCCGGGUUUUUCUGAGUGUUCUAAAGAGCCACCGUGAGGUUAGAAAGCAAGGUCUCAGGGGUGGGGGAGCAGGCCACCAUUCAUCUGAAAGACAGAUGCAGGAACUCGGGGCCCAGGAAAGCAACAGAAGAGAACGGUGGGUCAACUAUUUGCUUCGGGUUGGGGGAUGAGAAACAUUAAUGUAGUGAGAGGUACAUUUUGCAGAAAAGUAAUUGAAUUGGCCGAAAGUAGAAGGGCAGCUGGCAAGCCGGCAUCCUGAUCAGUUUGUGAUACAAGGUCGGGGAGUCUGAGGCCACACUGGCCCACGACGGGGAGCCGUGGAGUGAAUUUAAGAGUCUUAGGCAGUGUUCCACCAACGCUUCUGUCUGUGAGCACUACCACCUGGAGUCAGGCUUCCCUCCGUCUGAGCAGCGUGAAGGUACGCGGAGGGUGAGGGCACUGAUGGGUCAAGCAUCUGCCAGAGUCUCUGUCAAGCAAAGACAGAGAAUCUUAGAAGUGACCAGAGAGACAGUCCGGCCACACCUUCAUUCCACGAGGAACCUGAGCCACAAGGAGGCAGGCUGAAGUGUCUCAUGGCUGCCUGACGGCAUGGCCGGAGCCCGGAGCUUUUGCACGUGGGGCCACAUCACACCUGGGAUGGCAGCUCUGCGGUGCAAGUCAUUCCGGUCAGCUGCCUGCCUGGACCGAGGACGGGUUUUCUCCACCAUCCAUCAAACAGACUAAUCGGUUGGACUUGGUCCAUGUGAUGACACUGUUAGCCAUCCGUGCACAACAUCACACGUAGCGCCUCCCACAGACUCUGUACUCGCACCUGUACAUAUCCGCAAACCGAAAGGCCCGGAGAGGCCCCGUGGCAGCUCGAGCCCCUUGGCACCGUGCAAGGAGCAGGCAUCCAGACUGUUCUUGAGAGCCAUUUGGAAGUGUCUUCUUGUUCACUGCUUUUUGUUGAGUGUCUUAUUUAUUUAUUCUUGUGUGGCCUUUUUUGAACUCUGGGAAGGGAUAAUAAAGCCAAAAAUAAAUCCUUAAGUUUAGGCGGCUGAGGCUGUCUGCCCUGAACCACCCUGGGGCUGUGCCUCUGGCUCACGGGCCCAGUGGCCCAGCAGGUGGCUGGAGGGCUGGGCUGCUGCCUGUAGUGAGCUACUUUGGGUUUCAAGGCGGGAGUUUGGGUUGAUAAACGCCAUCUGUGGCUUGGA